AUGACUUCAAUACGACAGGGACCCUGGGGGAUUCAUGUGGGUGCGAAUGAUGCAUAUGCUAAUAUCACUGAGGCCUCCGGCCCCAUAGAUCUGUGUGGCUGUUUUUUCCUUCGGGGGGUGAACCAUGGUGACAUUCGGAUGCAUGCGCCGCGGGCUUGUACGGGAGGGUAUACGGGUGCGACAGUGAACAGGCGGAUGUGCGGCACGGCUACCAUCGCACCCAGAGGGCGCGUCGGUGAACAGGCGGAUGUGCGGCACGGCUACCAUCGCACCCAGAGGGGUGUGAUGGUGAACAGGCGGAUGUGUGGCGCGGCUACCAUCACGCCCAUAGGGCGCAAUGGUGAACAGGCGGAUGUGUGGUGUGGCUACCAUCAUGCCCAUAGGGGCGUGAUGGUGAACAGGCGGAUGUGCGGUGCGGCUACCAUCGCACCCAUAGGGCGCGACAGUGAACAGGGCGCGAUGGUGAACAGGCGGAUGUGCGGCGCGGCUACCAUCGCGCCCAGAGGGCGUGAUGGUGAACAGGCGGAUGUGCGGCACAGCUACCAUCGCACCCAUAGGGGCGCGACGGUGAACAGGCGGAUGUGCGGCGCGGCUACCAUCGCACCCAGAGGGCGCCACGGUGAACAGGCGGAUGUGUGGCGCGGCUACCAUCGCACCCAUAGGGGUGCGACAGUGAACAGGCGGAUGUGCGGCGCGGCUACCAUCGCGCCCAUAGGGUGCGAUGGUGAACAGGCGGAUGUGCGGCGCGGCUACCAUCGCACCCAUAGGGGUGCGACGGUGAACAGGCGGAUGUGUGGUGCGGCUACCAUCGCGCCCAUAGGGUGCGAUGGUGAACAGGCGGAUGUGUGGCGCGGCUACCAUCGCGCCCAUAGGGGCGCGACGGUGAACAGGCGGAUGUGCGGUGCGGCUACCAUCGCACCCAUAGGGUGCGACGGUGAACAGGCGGAUGUGUGGCGCGGCUACCAUCGCGCCCAUAGGGGUGCGACAGUGAACAGGCGGAUGUGCGGCGCGGCUACCAUCGCGCCCAUAGGGCGCGAUGGUGAACAGGCGGAUGUGCGGCGCGGCUACCAUCGCACCCAUAGGGGUGCGACGGUGAACAGGCGGAUGUGGGGGGCGGCUACCAUCGCACCCAUAGGGCGCGAUGGUGAACAGGCGGAUGUGUGGUGCGGCUACCAUCGCACCCAUAGGGGCGCGAUGGUGAACAGGCGGAUGUGUGGCGCGGCUACCAUCGCGCCCAUAGGGCGCGAUGGUGAACAGGCGGAUGUGCGGCGCGGCUACCAUCGCACCCAUAGGGGCGCGACGGUGAACAGGCGGAUGUGUGGCGCGGCUACCAUCGCGCCCAUAGGGCGCGAUGGUGAACAGGCGGAUGUGCGGCGCGGCUACCAUCGCACCCAUAGGGGCGCGAUGGUGAACAGGCGGAUGUGUGGCGCGGCUACCAUCGCGCCCAUAGGGUGUGAUGGUGAACAGGCGGAUGUGCGGUGCGGCUACCAUCGCACCCAUAGGGGCGCGACGGUGAACAGGCGGAUGUGCGGCGCGGCUACCAUCACGCCCAUAGGGCGCGAUGGUGAACAGGCGGAUGUGUGGUGCGGCUACCAUCGCACCCAUAGGGGCGCGACAGUGAACAGGCGGAUGUGCGGUGCGGCUACCAUCGCACCCAUAGGGCGCGAUGGUGAACAGGCGGAUGUGCGGCGCGGCUACCAUCGCACCCAGAGGGGCGCGAUGGUGAACAGGCGGAUGUGCGGCGCGGCUACCAUCGCACCCAUAGGGCGCGACGGUGAACAGGCGGAUGUGCGGCGCGGCUACCAUCGCACCCAUAGGGGUGCGACAGUGAACAGGUGGAUGUGCGGCGCGGCUACCAUCGCACCCAUAGGGCGCAACAGUGAACAGGCGGAUGUGCGGCACGGCUACCAUCGCACCCAGAGGGGUGCGACAGUGAACAGGCGGAUGUGCGGCGCGGCUACCAUCGUGCCCAGAGGGCGCGUCGGUGAACAGGGUGUCAUGGUGAACAGGCGGAUGUGCGGCACGGCUACCAUCGCACCCAUAGGGUGCGAUGGUGAACAGGCGGAUGUGCGGCGUGGCUACCAUCGCACCCAUAGGGGCGCGAUGGUGAACAGGCGGAUGUGCGGCGCGGCUACCAUCGCACCCAUAGGGCGUGAUGGUGAACAGGCGGAUGUGCGGUGCGGCUACCAUCGCACCCAAAGGGGUGCGACGGUGAACAGGCGGAUGUGCGGCGCGGCUACCAUCGUACCCAUAGGGUGCGAUGGUGAACAGGCGGAUGUGCGGCACGGCUACCAUCGCACCCAUAGGGGCGCGAUGGUGAACAGGCGGAUGUGCGGCGCGGCUACCAUCGCGCCCAGAGGGCGUGAGGGUGAACAGGGCGCGACACUGAACAGGCGGAUGUGCGGUGCGGCUACCAUCGCACCCAUAGGGUGCGACGGUGAACAGGCGGAUGUGCGGCGCGGCUACCAUCGCACCCAUAGGGGCGUGAUGGUGAACAGGCGGAUGUGCGGCGCGGCUACCAUCGCGCCCAGAGGGCGUGAGGGUGAACAGGCGGAUGUGCGGCAGGCUACCAUCGCACCCAUAGGGCGCGACACUGAACAGGCGGAUGUGCGGGUGCGAUCGGUGAACAGGUGGAUGUGCGGCACGGCUACCAUCGCACCCAUAGGGUGCAAUGGUGAACAGGCGGAUGUGCGGUGUGGCUACCAUCGCGCCCAAAGGGGUGUCAUGGUGAACAGGCGGAUGUGCGGCACGGCUACCAUCGCACCCAUAGGGUGCGAUGGUGAACAGGCGGAUGUGCGGCAGGGCUACCAUCGCACCCAUAGGGGCGUGAAGGUGAACAGGCGGAUGUGCGGUGCGGCUACCAUCGCACCCAUAGGGCGCGACAGUGAACAGGUGGAUGUGCGGCGCGGCUACCAUCACACCCAGAGGGGUGCGAUGGUGAACAGGCGGAUGUGCGGCGCGGCUACCAUCGCGCCCAUAGGGCGCGAUGGUGAACAGGCGGAUGUGCGGCGCGGCUACCAUCGCACCCAUAGGGGUGCGAUGGUGAACAGGCGGAUGUGCGGUGCGGCUACCAUCGCACCCAUAGGGCGCGACGGUGAACAGGCGGAUGUGCGGUGCGGCUACCAUCGCACCCAUAGGGGUGCGACGGUGAACAGGCGGAUGUGCGGCGCGGCUACCAUCGCACCCAUAGGGCGCGACGGUGAACAGGCGGAUGUGCGGCGCGGCUACCAUCGCACCCAUAGGGGUGCGAUGGUGAACAGGCGGAUGUGCGGUGCGGCUACCAUCGCGCCCAUAGGGCGUGAUGGUGAACAGGCGGAUGUGCGGUGCGGCUACCAUCGCACCCAUAGGGGUGCGACGGUGAACAGGCGGAUGUGCGGCGCGGCUACCAUCGCACCCAUAGGGCGCGAUGGUGAACAGGCGGAUGUGCGGUGCGGCUACCAUCGCGCCCAGAGGGGCGCGAUGGUGAACAGACGGAUGUGCGGCGCGGCUACCAUCGUACCCAGAGGGUGCAUGGUGAACAGGCGGAUGUGUGGCACGGCUACCAUCGCACCCAUAGGGUGCGAUGGUGAACAGGCGGAUGUGCGGCAGGGCUACCAUCGCACCCAUAGGGGUGUGAUGGUGAACAGGCGGAUGUGCGGCACGGCUACCAUCGCACCCAUAGGGCGCGAUGGUGAACAGACGGAUGUGCGGCGCGGCUACCAUCGCACCCAGAGGGGUGCGAUGGUGAACAGGCGGAUGUGCGGCGCGGCUACCAUCGCACCCAUAGGGUGCGAUGGUGAACAGGGCGUGAUGGUGAACAGGCGGAUGUGCGGCACGGCUACCAUCGCACCCAUAGGGCGCGAUGGUGAACAGACGGAUGUGCGGCGCGGCUACCAUCGCACCCAGAGGGGUGUGAUGGUGAACAGGCGGAUGUGCGGCGCGGCUACCAUCGCACCCAUAGGGCGCGAUGGUGAACAGGGUGCGACGGUGAACAGGCGGAUGUGUGGUGCGGCUACCAUCGCACCCAUAGGGUGCGACGGUGAACAGGCGGAUGUGCGGCGCGGCUACCAUCGCGCCCAGAGGGGCGCGAUGGUGAACAGGCGGAUGUGCGGCGUGGCUACCAUCGCACCCAUAGGGCGCAAUGGUGAACAGGCGGAUGUGUGGCGCGGCUACCAUCGCGCCCAAAGGGGCGCGAUGGUGAACAGGUGGAUGUGCGGCGUGGCUACCAUCGCACCCAUAGGGUGCAAUGGUGAACAGGCGGAUGUGCAGUGCGGCUACCAUCGCGCCCAAAGGGGUGCAAUGGUGAACAGGCGGAUGUGCGGCGCUGCUACCAUCACGCCCAUAGGGCGCGAUGGUGAACAGGGUGCAAUGGUGAACAGGCGGAUGUGCAGUGUGGCUACCAUCGCGCCCAAAGGGUGCGACGGUAAACAGGGUGCGACAGUGAACAGGCGGAUGUGCGGCGCGGCUACCAUCGUGCCCAGAGGGCGCGUCGGUGAACAGGCGGAUGUGCAGCACGGCUACCAUCGCGCCCAGAGGGUUCCGACGGUGAACAGGCGGAUGUGCGGCGCGGCUACCAUCGCACCCAUAGGGUGCGAUGGUGAACAGGCGGAUGUGUGGCGCGGCUACCAUCGCACCCAGAGGGGUGCGAUGGUGAACAGGCGGAUGUGCGGCAGGGCUACCAUCGCACCCAUAGGGUGCGACGGUGAACAGGCGGAUGUGCAGUGCGGCUACCAUCGCGCCCAGAGGGGUGCGAUGGUGAACAGGCGGAUGUGUGGCAGGGCUACCAUCGCACCCAUAGGGUGCGAUGGUGAACAGGUGGAUGUGCGGCGUGGCUACCAUCGCACCCAGAGGGGUGCGACGGUGAACAGGCGGAUGUGCGGCGCAGCUACCAUCGCGCCCAGAGGGUGUGAUGGUGAACAGGCGGAUGUGCAGCGCGGCUACCAUCGCGCCCAGAGGGGCGCGACGGUGAACAGGCGGAUGUGUGGCGCGGCUACCAUCGCGCCCAGAGGGCGCGACGGUGAACAGGCGGAUGUGCGGUGCGGCUACCAUCGCGCCCAGAGGGUGUGA